CUGCAGAAGUUCAAAACUUGUUGUUUUGUGUGGCUCGGCGUAUCCCUCCAAGUGAACGAAAUCAAAAUUUAUCUGGCAUCGAACAGUUUACAACAAGGUUAGACGUGGCAGGCAAAAUUUUGGCCAUUGAUACAAGUGGUGUGUCCUCAACAUACAGCCAGUAUCUUAACAAGGACCUGGUUGAAAGAACUGUCCAGGAACUGUGCCACUCAAGUGAUCUUCAUAAGUUGAAACAUCAUCUUAAUGAAACCCUUCAGGUAGGCAGCAACACCAGUGGCAUUUUCCGACUAAGAAUUGCUCACGAAAAAUACAUUCACGUUCAAACCAAAAGUAAAAGAGUCAUCUAUAAUCCUUUAACGAGUGAACAGGAAUUUAUUAUGGCAACACACUCGAUUAUCAGUAGAGAUCCUGACUUGCCAGAUGUUAAUCAAAAUAAUGGUAGUUCUUCAGCCAGUGGAGGUUCUUCAUCUAGCAGUGUAGGUACCAGCAUCCUUACUUCCAGUGCCACAGCAGUCACUACUGUUAAUAGCUCUUGUUCCAGUUCCCUCUAUUCUAGCCUUACAUCAUUGCCUUCGGCACAUCAUGACUUCAGCCUAGAUGAUCUUGGCCUUGACUUUUUUUCAUCAUCGAGCUGGAAACUGACUACAGAAAACAGUAGGGAAGGGCUUCCUACAAGCAGCACUGUACCCAGUCUUUCCCCAGCAACUAGUGCCAGCAGUGGAAGUAAUAGUAGGAUGACUUUGGGCUCAAUUCAGAAGGUCCAGUUGUCUAACAGUGCCUUCACAACUGAAAUGUCACCUGUAUCAAGGUCACUAACUCUUCAGGUGACCUCUCCAGGGAGCACUGGUGUUAGUCGAGUAACUUCACUUAGUUCAUUCUCAUUUAAUUCUCUUCAGUGCCCACCUUCAAAUGGACGAGCAACACCUGUGACAAUGGGACUGAAAAAAUGGAAAAUGAAACUUCAGAUGUUAAUUCUGGUAAUAGAAAUAUCUCUUUGAUAAGUUUCUCAGAUCACCAGAUGUCACUUGGAACCAAUCCAAAGCUUAGGAACUUAUUGACUCAGAGCUCUGAGAAAACAGACUCUUCUUCUGGAAUAACUUCUCCAUUAUCAAAAAUGUUCAAUGUUUCCCAGAGUAGUCUAGCUACAGGGCCCGAAAAUGGUUUAGAAAUGAGAGAAAUGCCUGUGGCAACUGGUGAUGACAAUUCCAAUGGUUCAUCGAGAAAUGUCAUAUUACGAGAACUUCUAAAUCAAGAUGAAGAUGGUGUGUUGGAACUUCCUGGUAAAUCUCGCUUCCCUAGUGGCAGUGGUAAAAGUGGAAUGUCUUUAGAUAUGGACAGUUUCAGAAGUGAUACAAAUAGAGAAGCCUCCAAGAGGCCUGUCAACAAUAAUAAUAUGCUUAGAAAGCUUUUAAACAGUGAAGUGGAAAGUGACAGAAAUAGUCGAAAGUCUCAAGAUAUGUUAAUUCAACAGCUGCUUAAAGCAGAAUCUCCUGAAAAGAAUGAGAAUUCUGUGGGUGGAGAUGCCAACUCUCAAUCCAGUUCUUCUGACCAGAUUUUUAAGGAUUUUGGCCUUGGUUCCAGCCACUCUUCUAACUCGCUAUCUCUUCCCACCUCACUUAGUGAAGCUUUAAGCUCACUUUCCAAGAGAAAAUCUGAUGAUAACACAGAUUCUGGCACCAAACCACCAUCAAAGCGACCAGCUAUCCAACAUCCACAUCUGGCUGGCCAGAACCCUAUGUUGGCUUCCAUGCUGGCUCAGACACCUAAGACAGAGCCUUCUGUCCCCACUACCAUUGCAAAUUCAAUCAUGUCUCAGCUACCCCAGGAUCGACUACCUAAAAAUCUGGAGAAGAAGCUUAUUCAGACACCUUGUGUGGUCAUGACAUCUGGUUCUUCUAGCAUCUCAACACAGCAUGGUACUGGCCAUACCAUGUCUACAAACCACUCCCUGCUUCAUCAGGAUGUAGUUACUGCAGACUCUCGAGGACAUGUUACUCUCAGCCACCAUCCAGUAACCACUGUAAAUCCUUCCUUAGGACAGCUUCCCCAACAUGGAUUCACAACUCAACACCAACAAUAUCAAGGAUUUCUUAGUCGUAUAUUGAACAGUUCUGAUGGCUCUCAGUUAACACGAGCAUUGGCAGCUGCUUCAACAAAUGCUACUAUUUCAAACCAAUCAGGACAGAGCAUUUAUAACAACAAUUUUCAGCUAUCCAAUCAGGUUUUUCAACAACCUAAUAAGAGUUUAACACUUUCAGACUUGCUUGGAGAUGUUAGUUCUUUUGAUUCUGUGGUUGGGUUGACAGCCCAGAGCCAGACGUCAGAUCCUAUGUUGUCACAGAUACUGGACGAGGUGUGUGUCUAUCCUCGGGUUUGGAGCAUGCAACAGGAGAUGGAGACAACACCAAUAGAUGAUAACAUGAUACGUAAAAUACUAGAUGAAGUGUUUGAGCAGCCAUCAGGAUCUUCAACCUCAGAAAGUGUGCCUUCCAACAACCAGUCUGUCAACACUGUCCAAGAUGUUCAUGAAAAGCUUGCUAUUAAUGCUAUUCAACAACAGUUGAUGAGCUAUGAGACCACAGCUAGAAGCAGUACAACCACAGCCCAUGCUGCUCCUUCAUCCUCGUACAUUCAGUCUUCUGGUAUGGGUUUAGGAACUGUUGUGCCUCCAAACAUUGUUGUCAACUUUUCUUCCACACACAACUACCCUUCUGUACCAUCUUUGCCUACCUAUUCCAGUGGAACUCAAGCUGGACACAGAUUAAAAGCUCAGAAUUCUGGAGUUCUGACUGGUGUGCAGCAAGGUGUGGCUGUAGGAAAUUUUCAGCGACCUGGAGGUUCACAACUUCUUAAUUCUGGAGGAGGAGGAUUGACUCCUGAGGUUUAUCACCGGCUUCUUGAACGUCGACAGAAAAUGCUUCAGCAUCAAAAACGCUUGCGAGCACAGCAGCAACAACAACAGCAAGUUGUACAGUCUUCUCAGACAGCUUCAGAGCCCAUGACCCCAGUAUCAGCAUCAGUGUUCCCUGAAAACACAAAUGAUAUGUUGAAUAACACAGUUGCUCCCAAUGUUACACUUCAGCGCUUCAAUGGUAUAACAGAUCAGCAACUGUCACCACGAUACAAUACCACGUUAUUAGGGCAGACUGGUCAGUCACAGUUGUCACCUGGUCACCAGCCUCCAUACUCGCCACUAUCUCAACAGUCCUUUCCCAAUCCAAGUCCACCUGUCACCAGUGGCUACUCCCAGCAACAGCAUAGACAGCCUACGUAUUUGCCUUCUUCUCCUGUAACAGUCACAGGAGGGAAACCCCAGUCCCCUCACCUUCAAGCUCACUCCUCACAGACUCAGUGGAACCAAAGAACUGCGCCAAACACCACAACGACAGGUUCUGUCCAACAGCAGAACCCCAUGUUGAAUGCUCAGCUGUCACAGAGUUCAUUCAGUGGCCAAGGUAGGUUUAUUACACAAGCACAACGACAGAUACAAGUACGAUCUUUGUCCAGUCCAAACUCUGUCACUAGCCAGAUAAAUUCAUCUUUUCCGAACCAAUCAGAUGGUCAGUUUCAGCCACAAUCUCCUGGUCACCUAUAUCAGCAGCCAUCACAAGCACCAUCAAAACAACAGAGAAUACAGAGGGUAGUUUCAAUACCAAGUCAUGUGAACUCACCAAGGACACCACAUGGAGGAUAUGUUAGCAGUGAUCAAGUUGUUUCACCUCAGCCACAGAUGUCCCCUAGCUACACGAGUCCUGGGAACAACUAUGCCUCUACAAGUGGAACAUCUGAUACUUCACGAUUCUCUUUUGAUCAACAGAGUUCACAGAUAUAUGGCUUAAGCUCAGUAGAUAGGGGUCAAGGUAAAAGCAGUACAGGAGGAAUGACAUCGGAGUACGUUAGACAAGAGUUACGAGCUAUGGUGGGUGCUAAAACUCAACAGCAACAACAAACACAGGCUCAACAAUUUCAAUAUUCUCUUAGUGGAGGAAGUAACCCUGAAGGGUCAGUGUCAACACCAAAUCAUCAGACAUUUAACCAGGCAGAGUUGGAUGCCCUUGUUCUUUCUUUAGAUCUUGGAACAGCAGGAGACAGUUCAUCAGGACUUUUUCCACCAUCAUUACUUGGUGUAUCUAAUAACCAAUGUUCCAUAUCUCAGGUUCCCAGUCAUAGUCCUAGGGACGAAGAACCAAAACCUGCUGAUGAAAAGAAAAGUUUACUUCAGCAACUUCUCCAACACACACCAGAACCUUGCUAGAGAUUAUAUCAAAGCCUCUCAACUUCAUGAGGACUUUCAGCUGAAACAAACUUUAAGAGUAGCUAUGAAUCACAUACAUCAUAUUGCUAGAAUUUACACUUACAGUAGAAACAAUGAAAAAACGUUUAUAUGGAACAGGCAUGAAAAGCUAUUACAGUCCUCAUUCACUUUUUGCUAAAGACUUCUCCCCAAGACUCUCAGUCAUGGAGCUUGUGUUUGUGUCUUUGUAUAUAUAGAUAUAUAUAUAUAUGAAUGUAUACAUAUAUGUAUAUUACUGGGAUGACCAACUAACUACGCAUCAACCAUGGAAAGGAGAAAAGGCAAGUUAAAAUAAUUCCGAAGUAUUCUACGAUUUGUCCACCUAAUUUAACUAUCAUUUUUCAGAGAAAAUUACAAAGGGAAAAGAUUCAGAAAAUAGAAGUAUUUCCUGUCUACAAUAGACUCCAUAUUCUCUUUGGCAUGUUUCGAAGGAUCAUAAUGUUUAAGGAGAAAACAAAUGGUGACAUUUUUAUCUGUGUGUCCUGAAUUGAUUAGGUUCUGCUUUUGGCACAAAACAGCAUUGGUGUUUGUUUUGUUAGUCAUUUUUUCCAUAGUUUAAACUUGUUUUUUUGUUUGUGAACUUACUGUGUGGUUUUAAUUUUCCUUCUACAAAGAAUCUUAACUGUUUGUGCACACACACGCACACAAAAAAAAUACUUAUAAAACUUUGGUGAUUUUGACAGGAUUAUAUUAAUUUCAUAUUUCAAAGCAUAAGACACUAUAGAUAAUUAAUACAUGUUAAUCUUUAAAACUUGUUACUGUUUCAACUACCAGUAACAAUAGUAGUUUUAAUUAAAGAAACAAAUAUUUUUAGAUUUAUACAAAUGAAAGUUUGUGACAUUACCUUUGUGUAAAUUCUAUAAGAAUAAUAUAAACUGAAAAACAUAUUUGUAAUUAUUAAAAUUACGUGGCACAUAUUUUAUGUGCCCUUAGCUGUCUAACUCUGAACUUUAUAAAAGGAAAAAUAAACGUUUUGUCACUUUUUUCAGAAUCUUAUACAGAUAUUUAUGAUGUACUAGAUAAAUCUUGUUGAUUUAUUCUUAAUGUUUUAGAAGCUUCUACUUUAAACAUGAUUUCCAAGAAUCAAAAUGUUAAUGAAGUUAAAUUUUUAAUAUGAUUUUAUCUUUUUUUUUUUAUCUUAUAUAGAAAGUUAACUGUUAUGGUUAUAAAGGAGUAAUUAUUAACGUCUUGUAUUUGGAAAUUGUAAGUGUAAUGUCAAACCAAAGUUAAUCAUAGACGUAUAAACGUUUAACUGAAUAGAAUUACGAGAAAUUAAAUACGAACAGUAGAAAUGAAAACAAACUCAUGGCUUGCAUAGAAGCUGUGUUUUGUGUGUGUAUAUAUAUGGUGUUUAAAUCAUUGUGAGGUAAAAAUUCAAUCUUAACUACUUUACUGCAUCCCUACCUCAGCUGUCUAAAAUAUAACAACUGUAAUGUUACUGUUCUAUUAAAUUACAAAUUAACUCUGGUUUCAACUCAUAAAUAAAAGUCAAUUCAAUGUUAAGUUGUGCAGAAAUUGCCGUUGGUUAUAGAUGUGGUUAAAGUUUUGCUGUUAUUAAACUGUCCAAUAGCUGUAGGGGCAAAUAUUAGAUUCUUGUAACUUCCUGUGAUUGAUACUCCAUUCUGUGUUAUUAUAGAUAUUUUAAAGAAAAAGCUUUAAACUUUAAAAUUGUUUUUAUCUUUUACAAGGCUAUAAAGUUAACUACUAAAUUACCAGUACUUUCUUAAGUGUCUGUAUUUCUUAACUAAAAGAUUGUCAUAUUUUGUGUUAUUACAAUCUUUAUUUUAAUAACGUGACAUGGUAAACAAUUCUCACUUGUCAAAAAACAGAAAAUUACAGAAAUAUCUGUAAAAAAAACCGGCAAGGAUAAAGUAGAGAGACGAUUUUGAUUAUUAAGAAAGGAAAGUUAAAAGUAGGAGAGAUAUGUUGCUUAAAGAAUCGAUUCUUAAAAAAAUCCUAGUUCGUGUUGUGAUGUGGUAUAUUACUGUCCAUGUUAUAGCAUACCUAUUUUUUAGAUUUGGAGAGCUCAACUUUGUGAUUAUCAUGAGUGAUAGACAUUUUAACACUAGGAUUUCACUGAAGUUUCUCACAUUAGCUUUACAUUAAAACAGAUUCAAAACAUAUUAGUUUAAAGUACUGUCUUACAUAUUAUACAUGUUUUUGGCCUGAGGUAUUCUGUAAUAUAAUUAUUUUUAACACGUGUAUUUGACAAAAAAAUAUGAACUACUACUUUAACACAGUGAAGCUUCUACUGUUGUAUGAAAAAUUUAUAAUUUUUAUCAAGUGUCUUACAUUGGUCAUUCUAUUGCCAUAUUGUCAUUAAGAAUUUUUUUGACAUCUUAAAACCUGGUGUAUACUGAAUGAUGUUAAAUUUCUCCUACCUUUUACCGUCUUUUCCAAAAAUCUGGUUACAUACUGCGUAUUUGAUACUGUUCAAUGCUUAAAUUCUCUGAUAUUUGACAGUGUCAAAACAGAACUUCAACAAACAAGUUUGUAAGUUGAAAUUUUAGCCAUUUUGAAGUAGAUUUCAUUCAAAAAUAGCUCGUUUUAAUAAUUGUCAUUAUUGGCAAGUAACAUAGGAAAGACAGUCUUGCGAUCAGAUAUUCGAACGUAUUGCAGCACCAUCUAUGACGAAGUGGAACUUAAAAAAAAAUAUUCCAUUUUGUAGAGUCACUGAACUGAUCUGUUGUUAGUAAAGUUGGUCUUUCCAGUAAUGUUUUGUACAAAUUAAAAAGUUUUAAUAUUUUAUUUUGUCAUUUAACUAAGUUGUACUAUUGUAUAGAUUUUUCGUGUCAGCUGAGUUAACAAAAUAUCCUUUAUCAUCGACUUGUAUACUUAAAGUGUGCCUACUUUAAAUGUAGCACUACAGGUAUAGACGUUGACAGUUGAUGACAGUUGUUUUUUUGGCAAAUGAAACUUAAGCACAAACUAACACUGACUCCCAUAUUUUUGUUUUAUGACUAUGUUAACAUUUUCCAAUCUGUUUUUUUUUUGUAUUUGCUUAUACCUAGACACUUUUUAUUUUAUUGGAAGUAACACUCCAGUCUUAUUAUGAUUUUUCUCUGUGUACACGUGUGUAUACUUAACCGCUAGGGCUAAGUAUUUCCAUUGCAUUAUUAUUAUGUGGAUAUAGUGAUCAGAAAUAUCAGCCAUCUGCCCUUACUUUAAUAUUUCUCUACUGCUAUGUUUUUGAAAUUCUAAAAAAUAUAUUGUAAACAAAAUUCCAUCCCUUACACUUAGGGCCUUAAAGACACUCGAUUGAAGUCAUACUUGUUGCUGUAACUGCAUCGGAAAGCACAUAUUUUUGUAUACAUAUAUAUAAAUAGCUAUAAACUUUGGGUGAGUUUGGCACAGUUAGUAGAUUCUAUUAUUACAGGAGUAGUUUAAGUCCAAAGUUAUCGAAUACUGUUUUUUGUUUUGUUUUUUGUCUUGAGAUUUAAGACUGAUCUACAUAUGUACAGAAGAAACCAAAAACGUAGUUGUGAAUCUGUGAAAGCUAGUUUGCAGUGAUGCUGUUAGUUUUGGAGAUUGUUGCUGUUGAAAUGUUUAUUUUAAAUAAUUUUGAGACUGUUAAAUUAUUGUAUAUUCUGCUCAUAGCUAAUCCAUACGUUAUAUUUACGCCAGUUGUUGAGAAAAUUGGGGGAUUACGUGUAAGCUUCAUGCUGGAGAAUUGAAACUUUUAACUGAAACAGACGGUUAUGCUGAAUUUAUUUUAAUACGUAAUGUAAUUCAGUAAAAUGAAAGUUCCUCCUCGUUAGGUUCUUGUGUAAACACCUUACAGUUGUCUUCUCUGAAUAAAAUAUUGGGUUGAAAACUA